AUAAAAUCGGGCAACAUCCACAAUUCGACAUCAGUUACGCUCUGCAGCAAAGGUGAAUCAUCUAAGUUGAAGAAAAACCAACAAGUUUUUUCAAAGUUUCCCCCCAGUUGUGACACAUAAAAACAAAUCUGCAAGAUGCCUUGCCCAUGCGGAAACGGUUGCAAAUGCGCCUCCAGCCCCAACAAGGAAUCCUGCAACUGCGGCACUGACUGCAAGUGCGGCACCGAGAACAAGUCCAAGUGCGGUUGCUCCAAAUAAAUUGAAUGCGGCAGGGGUUUGACUUGACCAAAAGGGACAGCUGUCGCCCUGGUCGGUACAUAUGUACCGACAUUUUCGCCUAUACACCUACUUAUAAGCAUACAGACUUUGUAUGUACACUCUUUAUUUAUUCUUCAAAAUUAUUAAGUUCUCUUUUUCUACAUUUGAAUAAUGUCCAAUAAAGCCAAUUUCUAUUGAAUGUGUCUCUUGA